AUAUUGCAUUACUAGCUAGGUGAGCUAAAUAGUUAGCAAGCUAGUUAUCUACCUAUAUAUGUAACAUCUUGACAAUCUUUUUGGACAUGAUCAUUCCUGUCCUGGUGAGAUUUUAGACUUCACCUGACCUGGAAAUGAUGAGAUAGAUAGAAACAUUCUCAUAAGGAUUUUCUGCCUAUUGAACAGCUAUUGCAAUGGGAAAGCAGCCUCCUGUCAUCCAUCCAAAGUUCAAUCAUCUGCUCAUCAUUUGCUCCUCUGAAGGAAUUCCUGUUCCAGGCUUGAGAUAUGACUGUAACUCUAACCAUUAAAUGCUUUUUAAACAUUUACUUUUAUUUUUGAAGCACCCCAGCAUCCGAGGAGCAUGUUUCUGAACUUCUAGUUCCUCGGUUAACCUGAAGGAGUUUUAUUUUUGGCCGUGGGAGUAAGAGAAAUCAUCGUUCUGACUCAAGGAGCCCGGAGAAGAUGCUCGAGGUGUGACGAGGGGAGAAGGAGACAUUGAAAACAGAGCAGAUGUUCAUCAGCAAGAUGACCCUGAGCCAGUCUGGUGUGUUUGGACAAAUCGAUGACCUGCAGGACCUGACGUUCAUCGAGAGACCCAUACGCAGGAGUCUGAAGACUGCAGAGGAGAUCGAGAAGUUAACUGUAGAUGAAGAUCUGAAUGAUAUCGAGCGAGCGGUCUACCUCCUCAGCUCUGGGCAGGACGUCCAGAGAGCCAGUGUGAUUGUGAACCUGCCAAACCUGGUGCGUCAGAACCCAGCGGAGACCUUCAGAAGAGUGGUGCCAAAAGUCAGGGAAGUGCUGCACGUGGCCGGAGCGGAUAUGCAGCUCGCCGCAGCAGGCUCUUUCCUCACCGUUCUCCAGGAUGACAUCGUCCUCAUCCAGACGCACACACACUCAAUCCUGCAGAUCGUCCUCCUCAACUCAGACCACCGGGACACAGUGGUCAGCAGCGCUUGGCUCGAGACGUUGUUAUCAGCUAUUGAUGCUUUACCAAAAGAAACCAUCAGACAGGAGAUCCUGAGCCCACUGGUAUCGAAAGCUCAGCUCUCGCAGUCCGUACCGGCUCGUCUGGCCAGCUGUCGCAUCCUGGGGAAGGUGGCUGCCAAAUUUGAGUCAUCAGUGGUGAAGAAGGACCUGCUGCCUCUGGUCAGGUCGCUGUGUCAGGACGUGGAGUACGAGGUGCGCUCCUGCAUGUGUCGCCAGCUGGAGAACAUCGCCAGGGGAAUUGGACCGGAACAUACGAAGGCGGUGGUGUUGCCGGAGUUGGUUGAGCUGGCGCGUGAUGAGGGCAGCACUGUGAGACUGGCAGCCUUCGACACCAUCAUCAACCUCCUGGAGAUGUUCGACAGCGACGACAGGACACGUGUUAUAUUCCCGCUGGUGAAGACGUUCUGUGAGAAGUGCUUUAAAGCUGACGAGGCAGUGCUGGCAUCGCUGUCCUUCCAGUACGGCAAACUGUGUCACGGCCUCUCAGCGUCUUUCACAGACGAGCAGCACCUCUGGUUCCUGGAGUUCUAUAAGAAGCUGUGUUGCCUUGGUCUGCAGCAUGAGAACGGCCACUGCGAGAGCCAACCUUACCCUCUGGAACUGGAGAACAAGUACGCACUGGUGCGCCGCAACUGCGCCUACAAUUUCCCAGCCAUGGUGUUAUUUGCUGACCCAAACCACUUCCUGUCUGAGCUGUACCGGACCUUCUCAAGCCUCUGUCAUGAUCCUGAGAUCUCAGUGCGGCGCACAGCUGCCGAGGGGUUCCAUGAGGUGGUUAAACUGCUGGGUCCAAAUGUGCAUUAUGUACACAAAGAGCUGAUCACCUUACUGCAGGAUGACUCAUUAGAGGUACUGGAUGCCCUACUCAAUCAUCUCCAGGAGACAUUGGAACUGGCAACAUCCAGGGGAGAGGGAUCAGGACCUGAGAGCAAGCAGGUGAAUGUUCCUGACCUGGUUCCUGCACUGGUGGGUGCUGAGCAGAAGGUGGCGUCCUCACUGCGCUGGCGUGUCCAUGAGAAGCUGCUGCAGCGUUACUCCUGUUUGCCCCGCGUCAUCUCCGGAGACCACAUCUACUUCCGCUUCCUGCAGAGGAUGUUCAGCAUCAUCACCACCAAUAAUGUUUUACCGGUGCAGAGGGAAGCCGCCCGGACGCUGUGUGUGUUUCUGCGCUACAACCGCAAGCAGGAGCAGAGACAGGAGAUCAUCAGCAAAAUAGUGCAGGAGCUUGCUCAAGGGCGGAGUUACUGGAACCGGUUACGGUUUCUGGACCUGUGUGACAUCGCUAUAGAUCUCUUCUCUAAAUCCUACUUCUGUAAGCACUUCCUCCUGCAGGCGCUGGAGCUCAUCACGGACCCCGUGGCUAACGUCAGGUAUAAACUGUGCUACAUGCUGCCCAGGCUCAGGUCCACCAUCCGGCUACCUGCCGAUAAACAUCUGCUUCAGCAGCUGGAGUUCUGUGUGAGAAAACUGCUCUGUCGCGAGAAGGACAAAGACGUCGUAGCUACUGUACGCAAGACAGUCCUGGAGUUGGACAAAAUGGACAUCUCAGAACCGUAUCAUAAAAGGCAUGAAAGAGACCUGCUGGACCAAAAGAAGGAGAAGGAGGAAACUUUACUGUUGGAAAUGGAACUGCUAGAACGGCAGCAGAGUGAAGCGAAACUGACUGGAGAGAAGCACAGUGAAAAAAAGAGACGAGACAGCAAAGCAGGACUGUCUGGUACCAAAGGCAUGUCAGGGUCCACAUCUGGAGCCACCCUGUCCACAUCUGCUGGUAAGGAGAUGCGGAGAGCCAAGCUGGCUCGCAGUCGUUCCCUCAGUAGCCACCCGAGCACUCCCAAAAUGUCCAACUCUGAUAAAACUCUAAAAGUGAAGGAAUCAGGAAGUUGUCCUGGAUCAGGGAAGAGCUCCAUAAUAACAAUUAAUGAUGAUGCCCUGAGACCCCAUCAUUUCGUGGCGUCCUCGUCCACGUCGCUGUCCCAGACUCCCUCCACAUCGUCCAUGCCCGUGCUGAUCCGCAGCAACACGAGCAGCUCCGUAGAGCAUCGCAGCAACAGCAGCAAAGACGCACAGUCCAGAAAACUCUCCAUACAAAGGAAGUCUAACUCAUUCGGCAUGCAGUCUGGAAGGGAAUGAUGUACCGUUCAGGUGAGGGGACUUUGACACGGAGCCUGAAGGAGAACCAGAUGGUGAUACGUUCGUCUUCAGGACGCUGCGUUCAUCCCUCAUUCCUCCUCUGGAGCAGAACCGGCUGAACUCUCAUGCUCAGGCUGUGGAGGAGGAAAACAGGAGGCACCAGGAUUCUUCUCACAAGUAAACAUCGAUCCAUCUCUGCCUUAUUUCACACCAAAACUUGUAUCAUUUGUCCAAAAAAAGAGGAAGAGUAAUAGGUAAUCUGAUGUAUUUUAUUUAUUGAGUCAUUUAUUUUGAUUUGUUUUUUCUUUUUCUUUUUUUCUUUUUGUAUUAUAGCAUGCUUUGCAGAAUCUUUGUUUUAUAAUAUUUUCCGACUCGCUAGGAUAAAAGUGUGUAUUUUUAUGACUGAGCACCACCUUUAGGAGUUCUGGGACUCUCCAUUUCCACCAGUGAGAUUGUUCCUGGUGCUUUAAAGCACCCAAGUGAUUCACGCCAACACAGAACCCAAACAAUAAAGCCCAUGGUGAACACCA